AUGUCGGGCGAUGCAGUUCGCCAGCGGGAUCCUUCUAGAGACCGCGACCGAGAACCAGCAGAUGAGAAGCCUCGCCGUCGGGGAAGCCGUCCCAGCGGAACCGCAGGAGGCGGCUCGAAGAAGUCCACUAGCCGAAAGUCUUCUUCUCGUGCAGCAGCCCCCGCUGGGGCAGGAGGGGAACGUGUUCGGGAGCACGGCAGCGAUGGUCCUCGUCGAGAAAGCGAGGGCCUGGCGGCCAGCCCCGAUCUUACUCUUGCUCAAGACAAAGGUUCCGCACGGCCAACUGAGGCUGGGCCAUCUCGCACCAGGCCAGGAGCGAAGGGGGUAAGAAGACGGGCUGGUGGCACGGAUCAUGACGGCGGGCAGUUCAAUGUAGCGCUGGGAGAGGAGAGGCACCAAAGAGCCCGGCGGGGCCAGCCCGUAGCCGAGAGAGCACUCGGUGCCGGUGGAGUUGGCGUUGAUCGGGCUAUCUUGCAAAAUAUGCAAUGGCAUUGGGUUGAUGUUGACAUGCUGCCGACCCCACAGGUCCCACCUGACAUGGAAGUCGAGGACGAAGAUUGCGGCGGUGGCUACGACGACGAAUGUUUCGAGGAGUAUUCAGAUGAGUUUGACGGGGACGGGGAAGACGAGGACCCUCCACCGCCAGUCGGCAAAGUCACCGCCGCGGCUGUCACUCGCCCUGGUUCUGCCCGGGGCGAAGGGGGAAGGGCAGUGGUGUCUCCGGCUCUAAAGAUGAGGAGGCCCGGGGACGACAUCCAGGCGCCGGACGAUAAGGUUCUCGAAGAGUUGAGGGACUCUCUUCGUGAGGAGAACAUCGUCGCGACAGAACGAAAGGUGGCCAGACCAAGCGCGGAACACUCAGAAGCCGCCACGGCAGAUGCGAAGUCUUCCUCAGACGGGAAGGCGGUCAGGGGAGCAAAAGGUGCGAAGGGCUCUAGGAGCGCUGCGGCGGCCGCGGCAACCGGGGCGGGGGUCGAGGCUCGUGCUGCCGUAGCGAAGGGGAAGUUCUCCGUAGAUGCGUCUGCUGACGUCAAGCGAAGCCGAGAGGGCAGCGGCUUCAAGAUGGCCGACGCGAAGGCGCUGACGCGUGCGCUGGCUAAAGAGCGCGUGAGGGCCAUACGCAGGGUCUCCAGGCUGGAAGUGGAGUCGGUCCGGCUGUUCGACCAGGCCCCCAUUCUACCGAUAGACCUGUACCAUCGCCGGCUGAGGGGGCAGUCGGCGUUGAUACGCCAGGCGGGGACGCAGACGAACGACGAUGCGCGCUCCGUGGAAGGGCAAACCGAUGAGAUCGUCCAUUCCCACAAGGAGGUCCAGUUCCACCUUGGCCACGACGACACCGCUCUGGAAAACCUCAUGAGGAGGUUGCGGUCCAACCGCCGACCCCCGGAACGACAUCAAGCCAAAGGCGAAGAAGGGGGCCAAACACAGCAGCGGACGGUGGCGGACGGUGGCGAACACGUUCCAGCUAACGAGCCGGGGUCGGCGACAACGACCUUCAAGGGGAUCUACAACGGCAACGGAAUGGUAGCCGGCACCGAUCCCGGCGAGCAAGAAUACCCGGCAUCACGGCACGGGACCGAUUUCGACGGCAGCGGUGGGAGGGUGUCCUCCGCAGGAGGAUCAGACACUCUUCCGCCACCUCUUCGACUCGGAAAGUUCUUGCGGCAAGCCAGCGUUGUCAUGGAGACCCUGUGCGAGGAGAACCUGCUCCACGCGCCCGGGAAGCGGUGGGGGGGAAGCCAUCCCCUAGACCCGGCAAGAGGCGAAGACGAGGACGCAGUCGGUCGUGAACGGGGCGCGCUGUUCUCGGGAGCGGGCGGCCGAGAGGGAGAGGGGUGGGAAGAGGUCGGCGCAGAAGGAGGAGUGUUCGGCGCUGGUGCCGGCGGUGCGACUGCUGCAGCUACGGAUUACACUGGAUCUUCCACGGCGGAGGAAAAGCGAAGGCAAAGGGGUGAUGAGGAUAGGGUCGGAGGGCGUGGGGCGAGGGCACUUCUCGAGGGGUCCGAGGUUGUCGGUGUGGAGUUCAGCAAGGUGAAACGGUCGAUGCUCGUCACCGCGCACGCGAGGCCGGUAGGGCGGUGGAGACGAUCAGAAGCCGGUGGCGGCGGUGGUGGUGGUGGGGGGGCGGAUGAACGAGAGGCUGUGUUGGAGGGCUGCGGGGUGGUUUGUGUCUGGAACACCGACAAUGUCCAGGGCCCCCCCGUGAGUGUUCUUUGUGGGGAGGGCCUGUUCUCCUGCCUGUGCCUGGCGCGGCACCAGGCGCACGUCGUGAUCACAGGAACCGAAGAGGGGUGCUUGCUGCUGUGGGAUCUUAGAGAGCCGUCGUCGGAAGGUCGCGGGGCGGAGUCUCGACAACUAGGGCUACACUGCGGCAUCCGUGCGCCCACCUACAUUACCGCGGGCGGCGAUAGUAGGGGCGAGGACCGAGCACUAUCGGAAGCCGGAUACGGACACUCGUCCAAGAUCGUGUCCGUCGUUGCCAUCCCCUCCCCGACAGGAGGAGUAGGGAUGGACGGUGGCGGCGGCGGGAUAGGAGGCAUGAUUUCCCUCGGGGACGCCUGCUCUUUCCAGGUUGCUUCGCUGGAUGACAGAGGGACGGUGUUCAUCUGGCUUGCAAGCGAGGUCCCGAGCGGAGACGAGGGAGGGUCCCAGACUGACCUGGGCCUCAGCCCGGGAGGGCGAGUACGCCUCGCCAUCUCCAAGGCGUUACGUCCGGGUGAUCAACCCUUUCUGGCGGCCGCAGUGCGUGCGGGAGGCGGCGGCGGUGCAGUACCUGUGUCGACCCCUCGCUUUUCAACCUCAACAAGAAACAGGCUGGACAAGAUCACUGACACUACCGCAUCCUCGGCUGCUGCCGGGUCGGCCAGAGCUCUGGCGUUUUCACCUGAGGACCCGAACCGAUUCCUCAUCGGAGACUCUUCGGACCGGGUCAUACAUGCCUCCCGCCUUGGAAAGCCGCCUCCGCCACGGGCGUACGGGCCCCCGCGGCGGCCAGGAGAACGUCGCCUGGAUGGGAGCGGCGGAGGUGCGGGAGAGGAACAGGAGGGGGCGAUGGGCGGAGUGACUUGCUUGGCCUUCAGCCCCUUUUUCCCAAAGUACUUUUUGGCCGGAUGCGGAGACGGAAGCGUGCGAUUGUAUAACGACGCCUCUGUCGUUCCGCUUACGACGUGGGAAGCAGGGUCAACCGCCGCCGCUGACAGCAGAAGAAAUGGCAGUAGCAGUAGCAGUUGGCCAGCCGCGAUUUCAUCUUUGGCUUGGUCGGAGCAUCGACCGGCGGUGUUUUUCGCUCUUGAUUUUCUCGGGGUGGUGCACGCAUUUGAUCUCCUCGAAGACGAUGCCGGCCCGCUGGCAUCAGAGGGCUGUCCUCACGCUAGCGCUGGUGCCAUGGAACGCUCGACGUCACCAACGAAUCCACCAGCAGCAGUUGCCGAAGACGCGUCGUCCUCGUCGCUCGCGCUACCCAUACUAGCGCUUUCGAGCGAGACCCUCGCCACGGGAAGGAGGCCGAAGGUAGCGCUCGCCUUCGGAGGGAGCGUGUUCGCGAAGACACUGGCUGGCAGAAUGUUUCGCCGGUCGCGGUCACCGCCAGUUGCUGGCGGAGUAGAGAGGUCAGAAGCGGGUAUUCUAGAAGCUAGCGAGCGGGAACGCAUGAAAGAGUGGCUAGGGGAGGUGCUUUGGGCGUGAUGUGUCCUCUGUGGCGUACAUAGCCUUGGCAUGUUACGUUGCGGGAAGGAGAGAAUGUCGUACCGAGCAUCAGCUUACGGACCAAUAGUACAGAUGGUAGUCUUCUACAGAGAUUUGAAGCAAUCCCAGGUCUGCUAUUGUGAAUGCGCCAAAGAAGGGAUUGCGCGCACGCAUCAACAAGCACCACAACAGCUGCACUCAAAUGAGAGGCUGCCAUGAAACAAGCGGGCAUCCCUGAAUUUGCAAACGGUAACCGGCAGCGCCCCCAGAGGGGACAGGAUCUAGUAGCCCCUGCUUUAGCAGCUGAUCCUGGCCCCAUCCUAGUCAGUCCUCUACCUUCCCUUGGCAACAGCUACCGCUGUUCCACACGAGUUAAUAACAAGUGAGUUCGUCUUCACGGGUCUCCCAGAUUGCACCGCGCGUGCAUUUCCUCUACACUUGGCGUUGUCGGCAUACUUAGUAUACGUACAGCGUGCUUUCUGGGGUUGUGUUUAGGCGACUCGAGCCUGCUGCACGCAGCUUUCUUCGCUUUCGUCUCCACACAACUUGGCUUUGCCUCACUGAUCGGUAUGUCUCAACUUAGCGUUGGUUCCUCGGACUCGGCUUCGGCCAGUCCAGAGCCCUCAGAGUGUUCUCGCUCGCUGGUGUCUCCACACAGUGCCUCGGCUUUCGGGCCGACAGCCGACGAAUCCCAAUCGUCGCUGGUGCCGUCUUCGGAUGGUGCGAGUGCUGCUGACCCCAUCGUAGAAGCCACCCGUUUGUCAGAGCUUCGCGCUCAACGCCGACGGGAGGAGUUCGCCUCCACGGCUUUUACUGACGCUAACUUCUGUUUUUACAGCCGCUGGUGGGUGUCCCAAGUUUUCCCGCCGGAACCACAUGUUGCUGAUUCCACUUUUCCCCUCACCUCCACCGCCGUUGAGCCUUCUGCUCUUCGGGCAGACAUUGGCUUUGGCAAUACUGGCUCUGUAGUGCCACACUUGCC